CCUCACCUCUUCCGAAUUCCAUAUCAACAUUCAUCAUGCCGUGGGCGAUUAUCAACAAAUUCUAUCCUCGCGCAUGCGAAAAUAGACUCGAUAUUAGCCAUCCAGAGGUUAAGGCAUUCAGAGCCAAGUUCUUUAGAGCAGCCUUGCUGAACUUUGUCAUCUAUAUUCUGCUGUUCUUCUGUCUUUUCUGCUAUCUAUAUGGAACUCUCUUUCAACAAGUUCCCCGAACCCAUAACCUUCACAUCCUAUGGGUAGACUAUGAUGGCGGCAUCAUUGGUGAUGCAGUACGCAAUGCGUACAACUCUCUACGGUCACAUGAGUUUCCGACGUUGAUUGAGCGAUCAGCAUCCCAAUAUCCGACACCGAAUGACCUAAGAGAAGCUGUUUGCAAUACCCAUUUUUGGGCCGCCCUGUACACGUCUCCUGGAGCAUCCGCGGCUUUAGGUCUUGCCACUGCAGGGUCAAAUACGUCACAAUACAAUACGUCAAACGUACUGACAUAUAUUUGGAACGAAGCCAAAUACCCUACCGUUAUGGACAGCGCCAUCUCGACUAAUCUUCACACACUAUCCGACGCUGCCCGAGUUUCUUACAUAGCUCUCAACGGCACGUCGGUUUUCCCUACGAUCCCACCCAAUAACUCUGCUGCCAUAUCGAUCUUCACCAAUCCGUGGACAUUAACAUCUAUCAACAUCAAACCCACUGUGCAGGGAACUCGGACAGUCUAUAACACUGUCGCCAUUGUGUUGAUUCUAAUUGAAGAUUUCUUUUAUCUCGCCACCAUCAACGGACUCUAUGCUCAAUUCAGGGUCUACUCGCGAAUUGCGCCUGUGCGCAUAAUUCUUGUCCGCGAUGCUAUCUCUAUCACAUUCACCAUGCUGGGUUCAUUGGUAAACUCUGCGGCGAUCUGGGCAUUUAAAGCCAAUUGGCACGUAUCGGGUGGCCAAUUCGCCUUGAAUUGGCUGAUUAUAUGGUUACUCGCUCAUACAAAUUUUCUUGUAUUCGACGUUUUUACUAUCUGGAUACCACCGCAAUACGUCUCCAUGGCCCUUGUCUCUUGGAUUGUUAUGAACAUCAGUUCAAUCAUACUACCAUUCAGCGUUUCGUCUCCAUUCUAUCGUUGGGGAUAUGCUUUACCAGCGCACGCUGCCUAUGAACUACUCACAGAUAAUUGGUCCAGUGGUUGUAAUCCACACUUGUCUUAUGCCCUGCCAGUCUUAUUCGCCUACGAAGUCAUCGGGCUUAUCUUAACGGCCAUUGGUGUAUACAAAAGAUGCCACAAUGCCUCCAUAUUGGAGGAAACUACCAAGGAGGCAAUGAGAUUGCGAGUGGAGGCGGCGCUCGAACUAGAGCGAGAGCAGGACACCUUCGAGGCACAAGAAAGCAGCAAAAAAGACUCACAACAUCCGGGUACUGGGGAACCUUCCCGUGCGACUACCAAUACGGGUACCUUUCAGGGUGACAAUGAAGCAAGUAGAAGACAACGGAGGCAGAGUAAUGUCGAAGCCCUUGACGGCGAAAUCCGUCGGAUAGAGACGCGGGCAUCGAUGCUGUCGAACAUUGGGCCAACUUUUCGCCUUAUCGGCUCAGAGGAUAGCUAAUGUGUCUCACGGCUUUCCGCUUGGUUUGUUUUCAUGUACAUAGCUGUAUUAUACAUCGCUUAAAAGGAGUCCUUUCACCUGUAUGCCUCGUCAGCCUUGUUCCCUAUCCUUCUAGAAGCGAUCGGCCAACUCCAAAGGCGCGACAUCAAGCACCAGAAUUAGGUCAUUAAUAAGUUCGUUGCAGGAAAAUCAUGCGACGGAUGCAUUCUAGCCUUCCCAUUAGAGGCUAGGGGGCCUCUUUCUGUUCUUCGGCCAACAGCAAAAUGCACAAUCGUCGACCAACAACAUGCCGAUACUACAUAACCAGGGGUGUUUUGCAAGGCUCUCAUUCGUGUAUUUUGGCCACAGUUAAAACGAAUACUGAAGAUCUUUUGUAUAUAAUGUUAAAAUUAAA